CAGGAGGAGGAGCUCGCAGCCGUCUGGUCCCGAGAAACCAGGCAGCGAGGCAUCUGGGGUAGGUGUCAUGGGGAAGCGUUACUUCUGCGACUACUGUGAUCGCUCCUUCCAGGACAACCUCCAUAACCGCAAGAAGCAUUUGAAUGGACUGCAGCACCUCAAAGCCAAGAAGGUCUGGUACGACAUGUUCCGAGAUGCAGCUGCCAUCUUGCUGGAUGAGCAAAACAAGCGGCCCUGCAGAAAGUUUCUACUGACAGGCCAGUGUGACUUUGGCUCCAACUGCAGAUUUUCCCACAUGUCCGAGCGAGACCUACAGGAGCUGAGCAUCCAGGUGGAAGAGGAGAGACGGGCUAGGGAGUGGCCACUGGAGCUUGCCGAGCACCCCGAGGGCCCCCUGGAGGACUGGCUGGAGAAGAGAGCCGAGCGCCUAAGUGCAGCCCCCAGCAGCAGGGCUGAACCUAUCAGAGCGUCCAUCUUCCAGUACCCUGUGGGCUGGCCGCCAGUCCAGGAGCUGCCUCCCUCCCUGAGGGCACCCCCACCCGGGGGGUGGCCCCUGCAGCCCAGCGUUCAGUGGGGCUGAGCCCCUCGUCGGCCCUACCCCUGGCCCAACCUGGUCAGCUAACUUCACUCACAGUACCGAUGAGGACUCGACCGAGAGGCCAAAUCCCCCUCGCACUCUGCCCUGUGGAGCCCCUGAAACUGUCAGCCUGAAUCGGGGCCCAGGAGUCCCCUGAUCAGGUGCUGGCCUGGUCCCAGCUUCCUAUCAGACAAUUUUCCCUUCUUCUCUGUCCUUCCCUUAUGGGACGUCUUGAGAAGAUGAGUGAGAAAACUUCCUGUCAGGUGUUUGAUAAAGAAAGUCUGUCACCACAGUGGUCUGGCUGUACCACCCUCUCCCUGGGGCCUCAGCUCCAUGCUCAGAGGACCUGCAGGGCUGGAGUAGAAUGAGGUCCUCUGUGGGUUGACCUGAAGCCCUUCUUCCUGGAGGGGCUGGCUGAAAAGUAGCUCCAGAUCUGGCAGAGGGGCUCAGUUUGCCAUUCCAGACCCCCACUGCCCAUCUGAGCUGGUGUGAGGGCACAACUGGGUCAGGACGGAGCUGGGCCUCCAGCUUGGAGGGCGGAGGAGAGCGCCAGGGAGGACGAGUGCUGGGCCUGGAGAGGGGCCUGGCUGAGCUUCCUGGCACUGUAGCCAUGGGCGGCACCAGCCCCUUGCCUUGGGGGUGGCACUGAGGCCCUCCCAAGGCUAUGCCUAGAGGGGACCCCUGGCUGAUGGGGAGAUCACACAGGCUGCUGAGGUGAUUCGGAACCUCCAGGCCCCACCUCACCUUCCACCCCAAGUCAUUC